CUCCAAUAAUUUCAAUUCUUUUACAUGGAAAAAUAGCACUACUCCACUAGUUAAUACUGGCUAUGUUGUUUGUUGUUGUUUAACACAACCUGUCAAAGAGGGAAAAAUCAAACACAACUUAUCCUUCGGACCUUCGCUCCGGCGAGCAGAGUUUUGCUAUGCAGAGUUUCAUCCUGCUAGCUCCUCAUUGAAGCUGUUGCUUCUUAUUUUUCAUGGAACUCGAUUUUCUAGCCGCACACAUGCGUAAUCCGCCACCAAUAUUUCGAGGCAUCUUUUCGAGCCUUUAUCCAGUGCCUAAAACCUGUUUGAUAUUAUGCCCCGAUAAACCUCAACUGGGUAAUAUUUCCCUCUUUCCCUCUGUUCACUUUAGCUGUUUCUCAUGCGCUGCUCUACAAACAAUUGAACCCAACUCCUCAUCAGUUGAAAACCCAAAACUUCAAUAUUCUUUUGGGUCUAAAAGGUUGAUUAAGGAGGUGAAAUAUGGUGCUAAGGAGAGAUUUUUGAUUCUGAACAAGAAAAAGGGGGUUAAAUGGUACUCUGAAAUGCUCAAAGAUUAUGCUACUAAGUUAUGUUUGAAGGAAGGUAAAGCUUUGCAUGGUGAAAUCAUUAGGAGUUGCAUAGAAACCGAUUCACAUUUAUGGGUUUCUUUGAUUAAUUUUUAUUCGAAAUGUGGUGAUUUAGCAAUGGCGGGCAAUGUGUUUGAUUUAAUUCCAGAGAGAGAUGUUGUCUCUUGGACAGCACUGAUAGCAGGGUUUAUAGCUCAAGGGUAUGGCAGUAAAGGUAUUUGCUUAUUUCGUGAUAUGAGGGGAGAAAAUGUUAGGCCUAACGAGUUCACUUUGGCGACAGUUUUAAAGGGUUGUUCGAUGUGUUUAGAUUUGGAGUUUGGCAAACAACUACAUGCCGAGGUUGUUAAAGUUGCUGGCUUUUCGGAUAUUUAUGUUGGUUCUGCUCUUGUUGAUUUGUAUGCUAAAUGUUGUGAAUUGGAAUCUGCUGUUAAUGUGUUCUUUUCCAUGCCCGAGCAGAAUUCGGUGUCGUGGAAUGCUUUACUUAACGGGUAUGUGCAGGCUGGUCAAGGAGAGGAGGCUUUGAGAUUGUUCUCGAAGAUGUCAGAUUCAGAGAUGAGGUUUAAUAAUUAUACUCUGUCUACUAUUUUGAAGGGGUGUGCCAGUUCACCCAAUCUGAGAGCUGGCCGAGUUAUCCAUUCGUUGUUGGUCAAAAUUGGGUGUGAACUUGAUGAUUUUACAAGCUGCAGUCUUGUAGAUAUGUAUAACAAAUGUGGUCUGCAAGAUGAUGCCCUGAAAGUGUUUUUGAGGACUAAAAAUCCUGACACUGUGGCAUGGACUGCAAUGAUCAGCGGUCUUGAUCAGCAAGGACAGAAGAGGGAAGCUGUUCAGCUUUUUUGCUUGAUGAGACAUUCAGGUUUGAGGCCUAAUCAGUUUACACUAGCUAGUCUUAUUAGUGCAGCGGCUGAUUCAGUGGACUUAAUUUGUUGCAAAAGUAUCCAUGCUUGUGUUUACAAAUUUGGUUUCGACUCAGAAGAGUGUGUCAGUAAUGCAUUGAUUGCAAUGUACAUGAAAUUUGGGUCUGCUUUUGAUGGGCAUCGUGUAUUUUCUUCUACGAGUAAUGGGGAUAUAAUUUCGUGGAACUCCCUUUUGUCUGGGUUCCACGAUAAUGAAACUUCUUAUGAAGGACCUAGAAUCUUCAGGAACUUGCUUGUGGAAGGUUUGAGGCCAAAUAUGUACACGUUCAUCAGCAAUUUGAGAUCUUGUGCAAGCCUUUUAGAUGCCACUCUGGGGAAACAAGUGCAUGCCCAUGUAGUUAAAGCUAACCUUGGUGGCAAUAAAUAUGUAGGAACUGCUCUGAUUGAUAUGUAUGCCAAGUGUGGGCAUUUAGAUGAUGCAGAAGUGAUCUUUUACAGAUUGAGUGAAAAAGACAUCUUCACUUGGACAGUUGUCAUUACAGGUUAUGUGCAGUCUGAUCAAGGAGAAAAGGCUUUUCGAUGCUUCAAUCAGAUGCAAAGGGAAGCUAUUAAACCCAAUGAGUUCACUCUUGCUAGCUGUCUGAGAGGUUGUUCUGGUAUAGCGAGCCUAGACAAUGGGCAGCAGUUGCAUUCCUUGGUAAUAAAGUCUGGGCAGUUCAAUGAUAUGUAUGUGGCUAGUGCAUUAAUUGACAUGUACGCAAAAUGUGGGUGUAUCAACAGUGCUGAGUCUCUAUUUAAGAGCGUGGAAUCCUGUGAUACAGUGUUGUGGAACACAAUUAUAUUUGCCUACUCCCAACACGGGCUAGAUGACAAAGCAUUGGAAGCAUUUAGAACCAUGUUAAGUGAAGGUACUCUGCCUGAUCGGAUUACCUUUAUUGGUGUCCUUUCUGCAUGCAGCCAUCUGGGCCUGGUCAAAGAAGGAAGAAGGCAUUUUGAUUCAAUGAAAGUUGUGUUUGGUAUCACUCCUUCGAUUGAGCACUAUGCGUGUAUGGUUGAUAUCCUUGGCCGUGCAGGCAAAUUUGAUGACAUGGAACACUUCAUUGAUGAUAUGGAGCUUGCUCCUAAUGCCUUGAUCUGGGAGACUGUUCUUGGAGUCUGUAAAGCUCAUGGAAAUGUGGAAUUGGCUGAGAAAGCUGCAAACAUACUUUUCGAAAUUGAUCCAACAGCAGAGUCAAGUUAUAUAUUGUUGUCCAAUAUAUAUGCUAUAAAAGGGAGGUGGGCUGAUGUUUCAAAGGUUAGAGCAUUAAUGUCCAGGCAGGGUAUCAAAAAGGAACCUGGUUGUAGCUGGGUUAAGAUUGAUAAUCAAGUCCAUGUCUUCUUAUCUCAGGAUGCUUCGCAUCCUAGGUUAAAUGAUAUCCAUAAAAAGUUAGAGGAGCUGGCUUCAAAAAUUACUGCUGCAGGAUAUAUUCCAAACACAAACUAUGCACUUCAUAAUGUCUCUGACAAAGAAAAGAUAGACAACCUUUCACAUCAUAGUGAAAGGCUAGCUCUAGCUUUUGCUCUCAUGAGCAGCAAUAGAAAUAGUACUGCCAGGAUCUUUAAAAAUCUGUGCAUCUGUGGAGAUUGCCAUCAAUUUAUGAAGCUGGCGUCAAUCGUAACAAACCGAGAAAUAGUUAUUCGUGACAUUAACCGCUUCCACCACUUCUCUCAUGGAAUGUGCUCAUGUAAGGACUAUUGUUGAUUAUUGACUGGCUAACCCAUCAGGCAACCACAGCUGCAACAGAUUAAUAGUGCUUAACUGAAGUUCUAAAUGCAAUUCAUGAUAGUUCAGUAUGAAUAUAUUACUGACAUGGCAAAGUAGUGAGCUCUUUCUGUUACCUACAGGACUAAUAGCUGGGUUAAUAAGUUACCUGAAGGGACAACAACAAACCCAGUAUAGUCCCACAAGUGGGGAGAAAGACAAAUAGAUCAAAAGGUUAAUCAAUCUCUGAGGACUGAAACAAGGUGUGUGAAACCUCUGUUAAGCUUAUUGCAGAAGGUGAAGAAACUGCUCAAGUAAAUCAGAGGGUCUGAUUCUGAAUGUUCGUGGCUUUGUGCAUAGCUUUUAUUGGUGAAUACUGAAUAGUUUGUACAAGCUGCUCGAUGAAGAGUUGGUGGUAUCUGGCUUCUUACAUCUUGAUGGGACUGCUAUACAGAUUGACUUUGCUACACCGAAUAAGAGGCGGAAUGUCAUGAACUUCGUUUCAGUGUUGGAGUGUACUUCCAAGUCAAACCAAGCCUUGGAGUAUACCAAAUAGCAAGUGUCUGUUGUUGAUAGAAGCAUAGUGUUUAAAGAAAAGAUGACCAUAAGGCUUAUUUCUUCUCUCUCUGUGGCACUGUUUUUGCCGAGGGUCUGCCUUGAACCGUUGAAAAGGGGGUUCGGAGGUUCGUAUCACAUUGAAUCAGCUGAAUGGUCUGCUGCAAAGCCUCAAGGAAAGAAGAGAGAGCAAAAAGAUAGGCUAAAGAACCUCGCAACUCUGUGCUUGAUAGGCAGAGAAUAGGAAAGAGGGAAGAAAUGUCACCUCAAUUUUAACUCUGAAGGGACCUGAUCUACUGAAUAGCUUCUAACAAGGGAUAGAAUUUGCAAUUGGUUUACUCGCCUCAGAGACUGCAUUGAAGCUUCCAAGAUGGUUGAAUGCCUUCUGUUAUUUGGUGCCAAAAUCCAUUAGCUAUGCUGUUGUACCUCACAAGAAGGCCAAGAGGGAAUCCCUCUUGCUUAUCCCCAUCUAUCUCAUAUGAAUCCUAUUAUAUCUUCAGAAAGCAUGAACUGAUGAUUAACCAUGGUUUAAAUACUAUUCUCGGUUAGUUAUCAUGUUCUCUUAUAUGUGCAGAUUACCAACUGCAUGAUUUAGCCUAACUUGGUGCAGCUGGUGUUGCUUAGAAUGUUGUAAAUCUCAGACGUACGCAAGAGGCAACUGUAAUGUAACACUGCAUUACUGUUUUGAAUUUUUAACACAUUUAAAGAAGUUUUUUUGGUCCUUUUUGGCGUUUCACUUUUUUAGGCAUUGUUCUUUUUGCCAUUUUCACUGUUUAACUGGAUUGCAUAAGUAUAUGUAACAAAUUUUCUGGGUUGCUUUUA